GCGCUGUCUUUGUCUUUGCCCAAGCGUCACCUUUCAGGAUGAUUGAGCUUGAAGAUAGUCUCCCGCUUGCCCCAAUCCCCAUUCCGGUGGAAGUACAGUUUAUCACACAGAGAGAUGAGGUAUAUACUGGCAAGAAGAAUCUCUCCUAUCAUGCUGCUCUCUGUGGGGGAUGCAGUUUUGACGGCUUGAACGCUCACUUUGCAGUUAACUUGGUGAACAAUCCCUGGGACAAAGAUGAGGGAGAUUACAUCACUGUCUAUGUCAGAGCAACGGAUCCUACUGGCACGAUCAUUGCUUCGAAUGAGGAUGACAUUCUUCCUGACUUCAACUUCACGUAUUUCGCUAAGUACAAAGAUUUGUUCUUUGACGUCAUAACAGGCCCAGCUCCCUCCUUUUCGUUCACCCUUUCUCUGACAUUUGAUUACAAAGACAGAGUUUAUCUCCCUCGACCCUGCGUUCCUCGUUGGCAAAUGACUGCUGAGGAAUACGCUGUAGCGAAGAAUUACAGCAGUAAAGAUGUAGAUUCCGCAUACGACCUUAUACCAAUUUUCAAAAGCGCCUCGACUCAAAGCGUCCUUACAAGGAACAAGAAAUUGUACAGGCUUGAUUACUGCUUUGGUCCAAGUCAUCACUACAACGUCACCAUCACAGUCAUUGCUAAUGAUCAGCAGUCAGGCUUUGCCACAUAUGUCUGUAGCAAGACUUACGUUGCCAAAAAAGGAACCUGCGACGUCCUGACCCCGAAUUUCGACAUAUCUGGCGGAGCAGUAAAUGUUGUGCGCAUAGGACUGGAUGGACCGCAGGAUUAUGGACCGAUAACAGUCCGUGUGCGUGGUGAUGGACGAUAUGGCCUGAGUAACAACUUUACUCUUGCUGGAUCGGCUCCUUACACGAUCUUCUAAACUGUCUU